AUGGCUCGUCGGUCGGCAAAAAAGGGCGUUCUCUUCCACGGUUUUCUAUCAACUACGAAGCCCACUACACCACCCUUGCACAGAAAUUUGAAGACUGCAUUCUGCUUAUCGCACGUUUGUUUCUGCCAGACCUUCAGUCUUGGCAAUACAGGAUUUGUAUUGGGGUAUCUGGGUCUUUCGGUCAAACAAUUACUGCCAUAUCAUCUCAGUAUCUCAACGGUAACAAACCAUUCCGCAGCGAUGUACAUCUCUACAUAUCUCCCUGACCAGCGCAAUACCGAGUCAUUUUGGUUCCGAAUUGGUCGAGGCUCCGGGAGUUUUGACUUACGAGUGGAAAAGGAAGAAGACAUUGACGUGUUUGCUUGCCUAGAUCUGGUUGAAAUAUCAGGAAACUGUAGCGUCACGCAACGACGCAUUUCUGUUUACUGA